GGUGUCCACAAACUUUUGUCCAUAUAGUGUAUCUGAACUGUAAAACAUGAGGGUAUGAUUGUGCUUCUUGAUUUUGCCAGUGAGAUUAUUAAUAUACAUAGAAAACCUUAAUUUGUAGACAUGACUUCCCUAUGCUUCAGAACGCCUUCUCUCCUGUACUGGUUAACAACAUAAAUGUCUUUUGAAUCAGUUUCCAAAGCAGUCACGUGGUUGUGUGCGGCAACGAAGACUCUGACGUCCUUGGUCACGUGUUGUGGCAGAACGAAUCAAACGCGGAAACAGUGUUUGUAUAGUUUUUUUUUUUGGAUAGACGCUUUGGCGCUUCAGUAUCAACGCAGAGAAAAAAAAUUAAUAUUCUUUAUAAAAUGCAGAAGACUAAUGAACAAAAAAAGAAUGUAAAAGCCAAAGAAGUAAUAACAACGCUUUGUAAGCUUCUUUCGGCGCUCGAGGUUGAGUCAGUCCCAGCCGCAGAAGUGUUCAGGAGAGCUAAAUUCAACAGGACAGAUGCGGUCCAAGACUUGUGGUGUUUGCUCAGUAGUCUCCUUAUGAAGGGCUUUGAACCAGACUGCGCAUGCUCAGAACUAACCAAACUCUCCACCCCAGACUCCCAGUUACGCUUUGUGAAGAGUGCCCUCUGGCAAAGCGGUUACGGGGGCUGGUGGGUGGUCGGACCCCGGGCCUGUGAAAGCAGAGAGGAGAUCGGGAGCAGGGAUCUGCUGCUGGCCUUCAGCUGGCUUAUUGCAUCAGGAAACCUGCUUGAGGCUCUACUACGAGAGAGACUCCUGCAGUUAGAUGUCCUCUCAUCAGCAGCAGGGGUGAGUCUCUGGAAUCUGGGUCCGCCUGAAGAACUGGAGCUGGACCUAAAUGGAUGUGAAGAAAAAGACAUCAGGAGGUUGCAGUGGCAGUAUGGGAAACUGAAAUUGCAGUGGCGGAGUCUCGUAACAGCUCAGCAGCAGCAGGCCAAACUUACUGACAAGAUCUGCUCCCACAUGAACUCUCCACCCACCUGUUACCCCAGCACUGCCCAUGUUCCUAAACUAACUGGAUCUACUGCACUUGAAAAGGAUCUAGAGCGCAUACAGUCCCUGAAUGGAAUACUUGAAGCAUAUCUAGAAUGGAAAAAUGUGGAGCCACUGUUCUGGUGCUGGAUGGACAGUGUGAUUGAUGGCUACCUCUCAGAUGGGUAUCAAAAAGGGUCUGUGGACGUGCUACUAAGAGACCAGGCUGUCACUCAGAGCUGUUCCCAUGGGGACAAGGCUAGGAGAUCUGUGAGGCGUCUAGACAAGAUGCUGCUCAGGCUACAGACUAAGCACGAGGACAGACUGGACAAAUGCACAGACACAACACGACUUAGCCCAAGGCAGAAAGAAGAGGUGGAGAGGAGAGUGGCUGCCCACUUGCAGGGCUUUUCUCUAGUCAGCACUCUGACAGCCAUAGACAGAGGCUUUACACCAUACUUCCAGGAGCCACAGACCUCCAGGUCAACAAGCAAACACCAGAGAGGUGAUUCAGGCCAAGCACAGACUUCAGGAGUGCUCCAGGCUUCAUCAAUGAUAAAGGAGCUGAGGCACAGAAAGGCCAUACUAGAGUGGGAGAUGGAGCUGCUAAGACAGAGCCAGCGAGAGGAAAUGCAGUCAAAGGCUAAUACACUGGAGGGACUGGUGUUUAUCCUGCCUCUCAAGAGAUGAUGCACAUAAACACACAAUGCUGCAGAACACUUCAGAACGCAGGCUGUCUGUAAACUAAAGACUUUCCCAACGCUACUCUAGGGGUGUAAAGUUGAUUUUUAUUAAGAAACUAAGUAGCUGUAGAGAAUUGUUAUGCACUCCCAAUUUAAGCGUUCCUGAUCAAUAAUUCCUUUUGAUCAAUAAUGAUCAUUUGUUGUUUAUGCAUUUCUGUUGGUUGUCUAAAUGCGUUACAGUGAAGCUGUUGAAAAUAUUCAUUCAUUUCAUCAAAAGCCUUCUCAAAGUUUUCCCUUUUUGGCUGAACUUACAGGCUUAGGCACAGUGGGAGAAAAGACAGAAAUAAUACACAGAAGCAGACCUAUUGCGCUGAUGUGUUUGUGUGUGUGUGUGUGUGUGUGUGUGUGUGUGUGUGUGUGUGUGUGUGUGUGUAUGUGAAGUUCGUAUGUGGAAGUUCAUGUGUGUAUGUACUGGUCUGGGAAAAUCUGUUGGAUGUAACCAAAAAUGACAAGAAUUUGGGUUUUGAUUAAAAUUUAAAUUACCUUUUUUUGCCAAUAUAAUAUCUACAAGAAAACAUAAAUCUGUUUUACCAAAA